AUGGAUGCUAGUCAAGUUACAUUUGCUGCAGCAGUGUAUCUGCGAAUUAAACAUCAAUAUGCAGUCGAUGUAGUUUUUGUCUGUGGUAAGACUCGCACAGCGCCUAAGAAACUGCAGGCUGCAGUCUUGGCUACUCGAUUAUCAAAGCUGGUGGUGGACAGACAUGACAUAAACAUAAGCCGUAUAGUAUUUUGGACUGAUUCCAAAACCGUUCUUUGUUGGGUAAAUUCAAGAAAUCGCCGACUCAAACCAUUUGUUGGGCAUCAUAUAGCUGAAAUAUUGACUUCAACGAAAGAAGACCAAUGGAGAUGGGUGCCAACUAAGAUGAACCCUUCUGACGCUGCAACAAGAGCCAAAGAGGUGCCUAAAAUAAACAAUGGGAACAUUUGGUUAAAAGGGCCAACCUUUUUACGUCAAGAACAAAAUAGCUGGCCAAAUGCUACAUUUUCGUUUUAUACUUACACGCCAGAAGAAGAAGAGAUUACGACACCGAUAUUAAUACAAUAUCAGGCCAGUGAAACAUUGAUAGAAUUUACCCGUUUCAGUUCUUUUUUUAGACUUAAACGUUCUGUUGCCUGGUUCCUAAGCGCUGUUCAAAUAUUCCGUAGAAAACGAAUAUAG